CCAGGAGGGGGGGGGUCGGAGAGGCCCGGCAUUAUAAAGGCGGCUGGACCAGCACAGCCCGCCAGACCCCGCCGCCCGGAUCCCCUGCGCAGCCCGCCGCCCCACGUGACCGCACCGACCCCCAGUUCCGCCGCAGCCCGCUCGCCAUGGCCCUCUUUGGGGCCCUCCUCCUAGCGCUUCUGGCAGGCGCUCAUGCGGAGCUCCCCGGCUGCAAGACCCGCGUCACCUCCCAGGCGCUGGAGCUGGUGAAGCAGGAGGGCUUGCGCUUUCUGGAACAAGAGCUGGAGACCAUCACCAUUCCGGACCUGCGGGGCCGGGAGGGCCACUUCUACUACAACAUCUCGGAGGUGAAGGUCACAGAGCUGCAGCUGACAUCCUCUGAGCUCCAUUUCCAGCCGGAGCAGGAGCUGGUGCUACAAAUCAGCAACGCGUCCUUGGGGCUGCGCUUCCGGAGGCAGCUUCUCUACUGGUUCUUCUAUGAUGGGGGCUAUAUCAAUGCCUCUGCCGAGGGUGUGUCCAUCCGCACUGCUCUGCAGCUCUCCCGGGAUGCCACUGGCCGUAUCAAGGUGUCCAACGUCUCCUGCCAGGCCUCGGUCUCCAGAAUGCACGCGGCCUUCGGGGGAACCUUCAAGAAGGUAUAUGAGUUCCUCUCCACAUUCAUCACCUCGGGGAUGCGCUUCCUCCUCAACCAGCAGAUCUGCCCCGUGCUUUACCACGCAGGGAUGGUGCUCCUCAAUUCCCUCCUGGACACAGUGCCUGUUCGCAGCUCUGUGGAUGAGCUGGUUGGCAUCGACUACUCCCUCCUGAAGGAUCCUGUAGCGUCCGACAGCAAUCUGGACAUGGUCUUCCGGGUGAGCUGCCUGGCUGGUGGCGUGUCUCUGACCUAACCAGACCUCCUCGUCCUGUGCUGCUCGUUUUGUCCCCCGAAGGCACAGCUCUGAUGAGGCCACUCCACUGCUGAGCGUGCCUGCCUGCAGAAUUACGUUCAACUCCUGGGUCUGGCUUCUGAGCCUGGUUAACCUUGUCUGGCCCCACCUUUCUAACCUCACCCUGUUUCUCGGCACUCAUUCUUGCCCAAAUAUGCCCUCACUUCCUACCUCAGGGCCUUUGCUCACACACUGCCCUUCCCCGUCUCCCCUGGGGCAGCUGGAUGUACAGCUCUACGCACGUACUCUGUGUCAACGUAAACUGCAGCUU